AACGAACUGAUGGAUGAAGAUGAGAAGGACAGGGCAAAGAGGGCAUCGCGCAACAAAUCUGAGAAAAAGAGGAGAGACCAGUUCAAUGUCCUCAUUAAAGAGCUUUGCACAAUGCUGCAGGGCCACGGCCACCCUCUCAAGAUGGACAAGUCCACAAUACUACAAAGGACCAUUGACUUCCUACAGAAACAGAAAGAAAUCACAGCACAGACAGAAGCCUGUCAGAUUAGACAAGACUGGAAGCCUUCAUUUCUUAGCAACGAGGAGUUCACCCAGUUGAUGUUAGAGGCACUAGAUGGCUUUCUCAUUGCUCUUACCACUGAUGGGAUUAUUAUUUAUGUAUCUGAUAGUGUUUCAUCUCUGCUAGGACACUUACCGUCAGAUUUGGUGGACCAAAAUAUAUUAAACUUUCUGCCUGACGGGGAGCAGAGCGAGGUGUACAAGCUCCUUUCUCCACAUGUGCUCAUGACAGAUCCUGUUGCAGCUGAUUUUCUAAAUGCAGAAAAACAAAUAGAGUUCUGUUGCCAUUUAGCAAGAGGCAACUUAGAUCCAAAUGAACCCCUGAUGUAUGAAUAUGUGAAAUUUGUAGUGGAUUUUAAAUAUUUUACUCAUGUGCCUACACCCUCCUGUAAUGGCUUUGAGUCAGCUAUUGCACGAGCUUUCAGGUCAGCCACGGAGGAGCAGAUUUGCCUGGUAGCAACUGUUCGUCUUGUGACGCCGCAGUUCUUAAAGGAGCUCUGCAACGUUGAAGAGCCAUGUGAAGAAUUUACAUCAAGGCAUAGUUUAGAAUGGAAGUUUUUAUUUUUAGACCACAGGGCUCCGCCUAUUAUAGGAUAUUUACCCUUUGAGGUUCUGGGAACGUCAGGGUAUGAUUACUACCAUGCAGAUGACCUGGAGCUUCUUGCUAGGUGCCAUGAACACUUGAUGCAGUUUGGAAAAGGAAAGUCCUGUUACUAUCGGUUCCUGACCAAAGGGCAGCAGUGGAUAUGGCUGCAGACACACUACUACAUCACCUACCACCAGUGGAACUCCAAGCCCGAGUUCAUCGUUUGCACUCAUCUGGUAGUAAGUUAUGCAGAAGUUCGGGCUGAGAGAAGGCGAGAUCUUGGUCUCGAAGAGUCAUCAAUUGAACUGGCAUCAUCUUCUCUAAAGAGCCACAGCAGCUACCUGGAUGUGAGGCAGUGUGGCAGCAGCCAGGACGCCAGCCGGGAGGGAGUGUCACUGUCCUCGCACAGCUCGCGGCGCUCCUCGCACACCACCCUGUCCGACUCCACCUCGACAUCAUCCAUGAGGCGCACGGACACCAGCACUCCCACCCGGCCGUCGGUGCCGGGGGCUCCCGUGGAGAAGGCAGCCCUGCGGCUGGCAGCAGUCGGGAGUGCUCAGGUCAGUGGUCCUGAGGAGCAAGAGCUUUCUGAGGCUGUAGUGAAAUGAGAAAAACAAGCAUUGAUCUCACCCUCAGAGAUGCUGGAUCCCAAACUCUGACAGUCAUGUUUCUGAAUUGCUAUGGGUAUGAAUAGCAGGACUGGUCCUGUGGUCCUUUUUCUCUAUUCUCUGCAGGCAGUGUACCAUUUCCCCACCCAACUGGGGAUGAUGCACCAGCUGAAAGAGCAGCUGGAGGAGAGGACUCGCAUACUGCAAGCUGACAUCAAAACGCAGCAAGAGGAGCUCCAUGUCAUCAAGGAGCAGCUCCAGCUCGUGCAGGACUCCAACCUGCAGAUGCUGAUGCAGCAGCCGAUCCCUGUCGUCUUUAACACCGUGCAGCAGCCGAGCCCCCGGAGGCCACCACCACAGGGGACACCCAGGCAGAGCACAGCCAAGAAGUCACAGCAGACAGCCCUCAUGGGGACAAAGCACUACUGCAGCACCCACCUGCUGUCACCACACCCAUUCCUCAGGGACACCUGUGGCACAGCCCCCCAGGUACAGCAGCAGAAGCAGCAGCACUCAAUCAGAGGAAGCCAAGGCCAGCAAACAUCCGUGCCAGGGCAGGCAGGCAUUUCAGUGCCCUUCUACAACAACCCCAUGGUGUUCUCCCAAGCACACCCCAUCACCGUGGCUGCACAGGUGCCGACUGACAGCAGUGAGAGGCAACCACCAGCUGACUACAGCCAGGACAGGAGCCUCAGGAUGCUGUUGGAUCAGUCCAUCCAGGCCAUGAUGCCCACAGCCAAUAGCAGUUGCCAGCCCGUGCUGAGCAGUGCCAGCAGGCAGCAAGGAAAGUUUGUUGCAGAGCAGCAGACCCUGCCUCCCCCAGCACAGGUGCAGCCAGUCACCUGCAGCACCGUCCGACCUCCAGCCCCGCCGCCCAUCUUCUCCCCGUCUCUAAUGAUCCCACACACCAACUUCACAUCCCACCAGGCCAACACAUCACUUCAUCUGCACCAGUGGCCACAGCAGCAGGUUCAGCAGCACCGCCUCUACCUUCAGAUGCAAGGUCCUGAGCUGCUGCCUGGGGCUCCGACGCAGCGCAUUUUCCAGACGCCCCACACCCCACAGCAGAACCCCUUGAGCUACUUCCUCCACCCACAGCAGCAGAGCCACCACACACAGGGCCAGCCCUGCAACCUGCCUGACCUGCCUGAGAUGCAGCUGCCCUGAAAGUUGGUUCUGGGAGACAAGGACCACA